CCAUUUCGUGAGUAUGAAUGACGAACUCUUCUAUGCAUAUAUUUGGUCUGGUAGUAAGAAUUCACGAAUGAUUCGUUCCUCUUCGACGCUUUGAUGUGAAUACGAAAUGAACAAUGUCUUAUGUCUUCCGCUGAAUAUCAGGCAGUGAGCUUUACUAUCAUCUAAUUACCUUAGUUACAAUAUUCAUGAAGGAGACUAUAUGAAAUAUCGUCAAUUGCGGACCGAAUCAUUUAUUCAGGUCUGGCUCUCGCGUUAUCAACUGGUUAAAAAUUUCGAAAUUGUUUAAAGAGCAAAAAUGUUAAAUUUGUGGUUUGUGUCUCAUCUCCUAAUUGUGAUGGCUGGUUUGCCAAUAUCUUUUGGACUCUUCAGUCACACUUGCAAAUACAAAAAAGAGGUCGAAGUCAAGCGCUCAGAAAGCUAUUACAAAGAUUGUUGUCAAGGAUGGACGAAAGGAUUAUUUGGAAAAUGUAACAAAAAAACCUGCAUUGUUUUGCCACAGUUUGUAAAGCUGGAUAUGUGCCCAUUGAUUCGUCAUACGAGUUUACAACUUAAUCGUAAAUUUUACGUUUUAACGAAACCUUCCAAUCCACCAAAAAGGUAUCCUGAUGAAUCAAAAAACCUUGCUGAAUGUGUCUCCUAUCCUUUACUCAAUCAACCGAUUCCGAAAGUUCUCGCUCACAGUUUUACAAAUCUUGAAUUGCACGAAGGGAAAUGGUUGACAAGCUACCUAGCCCAGGCUGCCUGGAAUUUCGUACUUUCUGGAAAAGUCAAUUUAAAGAAUUCGAAGUACACAACAAACGAUGAUUACCUCAAUCUUUUGGAAACAUUUCGGUCAGGUGAAACAAAAGGUGUUGUUCCCAUAAACUUUCCUGGUGUAAAGCCUAUGAGAAUCAGCCUAGCUAGUUUGUCUCCUUACAUAAAGUAUCCUUCGCAAGAACUGCCAUUUUAUGACAUCAUCAAGAACGAACAUUGGCAAGAUGAUCACGUGUUUACAAUGCAACGGUUGGCUGGCAUGAACCCGAUGGCCAUCAGGAAAAUGACAAAAGAAGAUCUUGGAAAAGACUACGUCAACAAGAAUUAUGAUUGGGACGCAGCUAUGUCAAGAGCUACAGGAGAAACUACAACAGUCAAUAAGAUGAUUGAUGACAAUCGGGCUUUCAUCAUCGACUACAAACUGUUAUUUGGUCUGACAGACAUGGAUGAUUUUUAUGAUACAACGAAUGGAAGAACAAUGAGGUGGUCAUCGAGUCCUUUUUGUGUGUUUGUCGUGGAAAAGAGUAGUAAGGACCUGAAGCCAGUUGCCAUUCAAACAAAUCUUACUUCAGAUUCUCCUGUCUUCUCUCCAAUUGAUGGAAAGAAAUGGCUUAAUGCAAAGAUGGAGCUCCAAAUUGCCGAUCUUUCUUAUGAAGAACUUGUCGAGCACUUAGCAAAGACACAUCUUCUUAUGGAACCAAUGUGUGUCAUUAUGCAAAGGACUCUUUCCAAAUUCCAUCCUCUUUAUCAAAUAUUUCUCUGGCAUUGUCGUGGCCUUUUAGUUGUUGAUUCUCUGGGAUUAACUGCGCUCUUUGGCAAAAUAUUCUACUUAAGAAAACUGUUUAGUACUGGAUAUUCUGGUGGUCUUGAACUUAUCAAUCGAGCCUACAAUGAAAUUUCAUGGGAUACCACAGACUUUGUGACUAAUCUGAAGAAACGAGGUGUUCAUAAGAAGGACGAACUUCCUUAUUUCCCUUACAGAGAUGAUGGCCUACUUUUGUGGGAAGAAAUUAGCGAAUAUGCUGCGGAAUAUGUGAAUCUGUAUUACGAAAAUGAUGACGAAGUGACUAAAGAUGAAGAAUUGCAGGAUUUUGCCAAUGAACUGUCCGCAGAUGGCACUGGACCCAAUGGAGGAAUUGGAAGGUUCAAGAAAUUUCCAGCGAGGAUUUCAUCAAAAACAGCACUUAUCGACGUCGUAAAGAGAAUUGUAUUUAUCCCAGUGCAACACAGUGCUGUCAAUUAUCCUGUGGUUUAUUAUGCUGGUUUUGUACCAAAUCAACCAACCAAGCUUUACAACGAUUCCAGAGUACCACCGGGAGAGUUUGAAUUUGACAGUUUGCCACAAUCUGAUGGUGCCGUGGAACAAGUGGCUUUAUCCAUGUCUUUGGGUUCGCUUCGUUUCGACGUUCUUCUUGAUUAUGGUGACAAAUUGAAGGAUCAUCGUGCUAAGGCUGUCGUCAAUAAAUACCACGCAAGAUUGACUGGACCAAUCAACGAUGAAAUCACCAGGAGAAAUGAUGAAAGAUUAGCUGCAGGAAAGUUUACCUAUCCCUAUUUCCUGCCCAAAUGGAUAACAAACAGUAUUUCCACAUAAAAAAGUUUCCAUAUUAUGUAUGAGCGUUAAAACAUUAUAAUGUCAGAGCCACAAUGUUUUGUGGUAACUUGUUUGCUGUAAUUAUUUACAUUCGUUGGAAACUUACAUUGAAAUUAAAAUUUUAUUUUUCUUCAAA